GCACCUUCCUCAAGUUUCUUAUAUUGACUCCAUCAAGCCCUGCGACAGCGAAGCUAUACUGCACUGCCAACCCACCACACUUCCAAACAUCCACACCUUUCUCCUACCAAAGCCAUCCAAUCCCCAGAAUCCGCACGCCCUCAAAAUGGCCCAACUCGCCCCCGUCCCACAACCAAUCGGCGUAUUCCCCGAGCUCAUCGCACGCCAAACCGAAACGUUAAUCUUGAAAGAGAAAGUGCUGUCGCUGACGGGCGACAGCUUCAGCAUUAAGCUAGCGAACGGGACGCCCAUCUUGCAAGUCGAAGGCAAAAUCUUGUCGAUAUCCGGCCGGAAGACAGUGAGGGAUAUGCAGGGUAAGCAUUUGUUCGAUAUCGUGAAGGAGCAUUUUCAUAUCCACACAACGUUCGCGGUGAAGGAUCCCAGCGAUCGGAAGAUUAUGGAGGUUAAGAGCAAGUUUGCUAUCCUCGGCAGCAAAGCCGUCGCAACUUUCACCUCCACCAAUGGGAAGGCAGAAGAACUGCAAAUGAAAGGCAAUUGGUUCGACACGUCCGCCGACAUCACCGACGAAGCCCAAGGCGGUAUCGUCGUAGGCCGUAUCGAUCGCAAACUCUUGAGUGGAAAGGAUAUAUUGUUUGGACAGCAGACGUAUGCACUGCAGGUGGCCCCAGGGGUGGAUAUGGCGCUGAUGGCGGCAAUGUGUAUUUGUAUGGAUGAGAAGAAUAAUGAGAAAUAGAGGGCGAGAUGAUACCCACAGGGCGAUUUCGCGCUGGCUGCGUGCUGAAGUUUGGGUGGAUUGGGAUGGGAUGGGUGAUGAGCAUAUAUCAUCUGGGUGGCUAAGAUACC